AUGUAUAUCAGGCCAGAUAUUUUACUUACUGGCUAUGCUAUAGAGUUAUCUCUUCUCUCAUUCAGGAAGUUUUUUUCUUCACGAGGAAAUAAAACUGGAGUUGCAAAAGGAAACCUAGCACUGGCUAGGAGACCCUCUAGCCAAUCAAGCAAUUUCCUAGGGUCAUAUCAGGCAUUGCAUCUUAUACUUAGGGUUUCCAUCUUGACCACAAAGGAUCCAAGAAUUUCUGGAAAGCAACUUAAGUUGUGGUUUUCUGAUUUCUAG